CUCUAUUGGUACCAUCCAUAACAUUUCACCAUGUAAACGGAAAAUAACGUUUCUCAUGUAUUCCGAGCUGAACUGAACUGAACCGGACUGCUUGGUUGAGACGAGGCUAUCUCAUCACUACUGUGAGAUAGCAACCUCACUGAGAGUACUGUCCCUUUAAGACGAACUCUGACGUUUACAUUUAGUCGCAUACAAUUGGCUGACUGACUUCCGCAUAUUUUUUUUUUUUUUUGCAGGGCAACAUGGCUUCAGAGCCAUGGAACAGGGUAAACAUUGCAUUUCCCAGUGCCGUUUCUGUUGUCCGAAUACCGUUCAGUUCAUCUACAGAAGCAAGUGUUAAAGCUCUGUUGGCGGAAAAUGAGUAGGUCCGUAAGCUUGUUGGGAGUGAGACCCUUCAAACGGAUAUACGAGUUCUCUACGAGCUGUUGUACAUUUUGAAUAACAGCUAUAGAUGCAACAAGACGUUCAGCGCCUUAAAGCAGGUUGAACAGUGCAUUAACAAGCUGAAAUGCAUGAAGCUUGAUGCUGCUCUCCAGGAGCUGACAGAGAUUUGUCCCAACAGAAUUCAAAGAAAACUGAGCAUGGAGGCUGGUGAGUGUGACAUCCCCAGUCAAGCAAUGCUGGAGUGGCUCUGUCUCAAAGUACUGGGAGGCGCCCAGCUAAUGAGCUGCACAUUAAGACGCUGCAGCAGAGCGUUUUUACUUUCCAGGCAGCAUAUGAACGUGGGGCAGUUUAUUGUCUUGAAUAUGGUGAUAACCAGCAUGCUCAGUCGUCUCUGGGUGAUUGCCCGUGGUAUCCUGGUCAGCCUGUCCACUUUGUAUCAGCAGCUCCUGGAGCUCCUUAGAGAAGUAGCCAAAGCCCAUCCCAUGCCCUUCCUCACAGACUUCUCCCUGCCAGCAGAUAUGGCUCAGUUCCUGGGUCCUUCUGAUGCAUAUGUACUGCCCAAAAAAACAGCACACGGUCCCCAUGCCAAAGACCACAAGGAGAAGCAGCAGCAGGGGAAGAGGAAGAAACUUCCUGUGAAGGUCAAAAAACAAGGAGAGACAAGGAAGGUUAAAGAAGAUCUGGGUGUCGCUGUUGACAGAGGUGUUAUAAGUCUCGUCAUUGACAUGAAGCCUUUUCUCAAGGUUGUCAGGAACUUUACCAAGGGCAAAUCCGUCGCACAGAGAACACACAAGCUGGACAAGAUACAUAAGUUCAAGAAACAAGUGAGAGAGGCUGCUUCUUUCAAAGACAUGGCAACCCAUCUGGAUGAGAUGAUUCCAUGGUGUAAAUCCCAGAAGAUGAACAGGGAAAGACGUCGUUUAACCUUCCUGCGUUUAAAGUGCCAGAGGCUGAAAUGCCUGGAGGCAGAGGGUUACAAUGUCCAGAGGAAGCUGCCGACCUUCAGACAGGAAGCUUGCUGGGCUUCAUCUCCUCAGGCAUCAGUGCCAAUAACCUGUCGGUCUUCUACCGCAACAGGGAGACGUGCUGGCCUGAGAACUCGUUUGCAGUCACUCAGGAGUCGAUUUAAGUCCUCAACAGUCAGAACUGGUGCGAAAAAGAAACAGGUGGAGAGACAAAGGAAGAGCACUGAGUUAUCAGUGUCUGGACUGUCGGUGGACGACCAUAGGAAGAGGUCUACAUGUAAGGCGACGUCUGAGACCUCUGGCUCUGACAGCCGUGAUGACAUCGAUUGUAUAUUUGCCUCUGUAGGUUUGUGACACUUCGGAAUUAAACACACUGCGGAUACAAACUACUGUAUAGAGCAGAGUCUAAUGUAUGACAGAUGUCUCUGCUUUCAAUGGAAAGGGUAAAAUUGGUGCGUGAUGAUUGGACAUUGUAUGUAUGUUACACAAGUGCUAAAUAGCAGCAGUGCCUUUUAAAGCAGAAAAUAACUACAGGUAAGGAUUUGGCAUGUAACAAAGGUACCAGGCUGUAAUGGAGCUGGGAGCGUUGCUUUGAAUUUCUUGAUACCUGAAUAGAGCUUUCAUGGCUGAAACCUUCCCUGCAGUUUCAUGUUUGAUUUGUAGUCACACUGUUGAUUGACAGAGGCAUCUUGUCUGAUGUAUAAGAGACUGAAUAAUAAGGUGUUUAAACAUUUUAAAUGACCGUUUAAAAGAGGGCAAAGCAUCAAGAGCAUUUGCUCCCUGCAAAUUGCCCUUUGUCUGAGAAUGACAAGAACAUUGAAUACAUUCAGCAUAAACCUUCAUAGCAGUCAUUUGAACUAACAUGUUUUGCUGCAUGUCUGCUUUGACAGUUGAUAACAAAUUAUCAAAUUAUGUGCCUGAAAUCUUAAGACUAUAAAAUCCCGCAUGCAAGAAAGUAGAUUUUCUAUGGUUGUACAAUUUAUUGGCUGUUAAAGCAGAAAAGUUCUUUUUGUUCCUCUUGUGUUGUCACAUUUAUUCAGUAUUGUCAAUGCUCAUCUUCCCAGAUGUUGUUAACUAUAACAGAAUUAGUCCACCUCUGGGAUGCAUAUGGUACAUAUGCUAAUGAAACUGCACCAAAGAGACUGUUUUAGGAAAUUUGAGAGUCUGCCCUGAAUACUUUAAACCAUUUCUGAAUGUUUCAGUUGACUGCAGAAUGCUUAAUGAUAAAAUGUCAUAAACCUGGAUUAUUCCUGCACACUGAAACUAUAGCGUUAUGGUACUAAACACCAAAUGAGGCAUGCAUACGCUGAAAUACCUUCAUCAGAGCUGUUAAGUGCACAUCUUGUUCAACCCUGUCAAGACACCACUACAGUGUAAAAACAUACCAUUUCUUAUGCACAAAGAAAUAAAACUGCUUUAGUGAACCAUGAAA